AUGGACUCUCCGAGUCGCGCCCCUGCUCCGGCUAGGGCCCCAACCCAAGUCAAUAACGCAUACAGUACCUCGUUACGUCUGCCCCCACAGCUCGAUAUAACUUCAGGAAAUGUAUCCGAGAAUUUCAAACGCUGGAAGCGUGAAGUUGAGAUAUAUUUAGCUGCAUCGGGUGCAGGUGAACGUAACCAGCGAAUUCAAACAGCAAUCAUAUUGAAUUGCGCGGGAUCACAUGUUUUAGAGAUCUAUGACCAGAUCACGUGGGAAGAGGAAGGGGACAAGGACGACCCCAAUAAAGUAUUGCAAGCUCUUGAGAAAUAUUGCAAUCCCCGCGACAACGAGGUAUUAGAAUCACAUAGGUUUUGGAACCUACCCUAUCAAGAACCUUUUGAUAAAUUCCUGACUGAAAUGAAAACCAGGGUGUCUGCAUGUAACUUCCAGGAAAAAGAGAGAAUGAUGCGCGAUAAAAUAGUGUUCACAGUAACAGGAAAGUUACAGGAACUCUUGUUGAGGGAAGAUAAACUCACCCUUGAGAAAGCUGUCAAGGUUUGUAGGGCAUUUGAACAAUCAAAUAAGCAAGUAAGAGAACUUCGUGACACUAACCCCACAUCGAGAGUGAACAAAGUCGCUAGUAACUAUAACCAGAAACCAAACUCGAAGGGGAGGAAACCGUUCGUGAAACCUCAAAGUCAACAGAAACCCUCGAGACCGUCGCGUACCAAUACCAGUUCUAGUAAAGGACCUGAAUGUACUUUUUGUGGUUAUCAGCAUGCUCGACAAAAGGAGAAAUGCCCAGCAUGGGGUGCUACCUGUGAUUUUUGUAAAGGACGAAACCAUUUCAAAGCAAAAUGUAAGAAGGUACACGCAGUGUCACUCGCAAAUGAGGACACAUGUCUUGAUGAUGAAGAUGGAGCAUGGCUCAUGGCAGUUGAUUCCGGCAAACAACGAAUACAUGCGUCUUUGACUGUAAAUGACAAUUCUGUGAAAUUUCAGCUUGACAGUGCUGCUGAUGUUAAUACUAUUUGUCAAAAACAUGUGAGGAAGCCCCAAGUAACGCCCACAAAAGUGAAGUUAAAUAUGUGGAACAAGACUAACUUGGAACCUCUUGGGCAGUGUACCCUCAAGGUCACAAACCCCCGUACUAGCGUUGAAUCCAGUGUGACUUUCAUUGUUGUACCUAACGGACUCACCAACCUAUUAGGUCUGAAGACUAUUCAGGAACUUGGUUUUGUAACCAUUAAUGAUGACUGUGUUCAAUUCUUUAAGAGACUGUUCAAAUAUUUUAGUUGUGAUCAUAGUAGGACUGUCAAGUUAAACAGUUCAUGGUGA